UUGACAGUCAACUGUCCCAUAUAAGAGCAAGUCAGGCAGACCGCCAGUUCAGAAGGUAAGAACCAGCAUCCAGAGGAACACAGAGAUGAUCAGAGGACUAAUCCUUACAGGACUACUGGUCCUGCUUUGGCAACAGAUGGAUGUACAAGCGCACGUUUUGAGUAGACAUGGUUCAUCCAGCAACAUUGCCAAACUUAAGAGUUUGUUGCAGCAGUUUGAGGAGGCCCUGGCCGCAGAUGAGACUCCUGAGAAAUCUGUUGAUUAUGACGACAGCAACUCUGCGCUGGAUCAGAGCCCCGUUUCCACAUCCUGGGACAGAGACCGAGAGGAAGAGGCCCCUCCAGCAGAGGACACCAAACCUGCAGAUGGAUUUGAGACACAAAGAAAUCGUCUCAUUGAUCUUCUCAUGUCCACCCGGAGUAAAAGUCUCUCUGGCUGUUUUGGGGGAAGACUGGAUCGCAUAGGGUCUUCCAGCACCCUCGGGUGCAACUCUAAAAAAGGUUAGAAUCAAAGAGUGAAUAUAGUGACAUCAACAAUAUAAUAUACACUGAUAAGCCACAACAUUGAAGCAACUGCCUAAUAUUAUGUAGGUCUGCCUCGUGCCACCAAAACAGCGGCAACCCACAUCUCACCAUAGCAUUCUGAGAUGAUAUACUCCUCAAUACAAUUGUACGGAGCGGUUAUCUGAGUUACUGUAGGCUUUGUCAGUCUGGCCAUUCUCUGUUGACCUCUAUCACCAACAAGAUGUUUUUUUGUUUUUGGCACCAUUCAGAGUAAAUUCUAGAGACUGUUGUGUGUGAAAAUCCCAGGAGAUCAUCAGUUACAGAAAUACUCAAACCAGCCCAUCUGGCACCAACAAUCAUCCAUGCGUUUAUCUAAUCAUCCAAUCAUGUGGCAACAGUGCAGUGCAUAAAAUCAUUCAGAUAUGGGUCAGGAGCUUCAGUUAAUGUUCACAUCAACCAUCAGAAUGGGUAAAAAAAAUGGAUCUCAAUGAUUUGGAGCAUGGCAUGAUUGUUGGUGCCAGACUGGUUUGAGUAUUUCUAUUACUGCUGAUCUCCUGGGAUUUUCAAGCACAACAGUCCCUAGACUUUUCUCUGAAUGGUGACGACAACAAAAAUCAUCCAUUGAUUGGCAGUUCUGUGGACAGAAAUAUCUUGUUGAUGAGAGAGGUCAACAGAGAAUGGCCAGACUUGUUUGAACUGACAAAGUCAGGUAACUCAGAUAAUCUCUCUGUACAACUGUGGUGCGAAGAAUAUCAUCUCAGAUUGCUAUUCUAUAUUGGUUGAUGCUGUUUUGGCGGCACGAAAGGGGACCUUCACAAUAUUAGGUAGGUGGUUUUAAUGUUGUGGCUGAUCGGUGUCUAUUUAUCAUAUCUACAUUAUUUAGCAAAGGAAAUGUAGUGGCACGUUACAAAAAGGACUGUAUUUAAAUCUUGAGAAUGUGCAGGUUUUUUUUUUUUUUACAAAUGUAACACAUGGAAAUUACACAAGACUCAUCAAUAUAUUGCAAUUUGUGACAUGCUUUAUAUUAAACUGGUGGCUUUCUUUUAGAUUGGAUUGUUGAUGUAUUUAUAUUGCAAUAAUAGUUAUAAUUUGAAUGCUUAUGAAGUUAUUAAUAUACAUGUGUAGUUGACAUGAGAUACCGUUGGGAAAAAUGUACAUGACCUGCAGUGUGACAUACUACUUCAUCUAAAACUGUUUUAAAGCAUAUUGCUGAUUCUCAUAUUUAUUUUAUGUCCUCAUGUUAAUUGAGAAACUAUAUUAAAUAUUUGUAUUUUUAGAAAUGUAUUUGUCAAACCACUGGACCAUUUAAAAUGAACUAGUGAAUGUUAAUAUGUGAUUAAAUGAAUGAUGAACAACUUUAAAAAAUGUUGACCAGUUACAGUAUUUAAAACAUACACUUUCCUUUGUACAUUUAUCUAAAUUUUAUGUAAAAUCCUGAUGUUUAUAACAAAAGUUUGUGUGCAUAUAAUGCAUCAACUAUCCAUAUAUGACAUAUGAUGUGUACUCUUGAUGUUUUAUUUAUUCUGAAUCUGAAUUUACAAGCUUUUGUGAGAUAAUUAUACUCACGUCUGGUGUGUAGCUUGUUCUUUAAAUGAGACUUAAGCAAUUUGUAAACGAUUGUGUUAUUCUGUUUUGAAACUGUAGACAACUAAAGUCUAUUUUUGAAGUAUAUAUGCCAAUAAUUUAAUAUUAUGUUUAAAUAUUUGUUGCAAAUACAGUAAAAUUAGAUGCCAGAAUAUUGAAGACCUUUUAAUCAGAACUGAAAAAUGUAAAGUUAAUAAAAUCUUGCUUUC